UAGAGUCCGACAAAAACGAGCUGAGUUAUAGUUUUCGCUGCGGCAUAAAGUUAAUACCGGCUUGGCAAACGUGCCUGUGUGCGUGAGAGGCCCAGAGUGAUUUGGGCAGAGCCCUCCGUUCUAUUUUGGAUUUGUUAUUUUGUUUAGGGCCUGUGUUGAGGUCCGUCUGGGCCUAAACUCUGUGAGCUAUGCAGCUUUUGAUUGCUGUGUUCUGUUCGCUUCUAGUUGCAGCUGUGGCACAGAGUGGGGUUGUCAAAUGUGGAGGCAGUUGGCAACAACUGAACGAUAAAUGCUUCUUGGCUGUGGCUGACUCCAAGCUGAAAUGGCAGGACGCCCGCGCAAACUGCCAGAGCAGAGCCGGUGCUGACUUGGCUAUCAUUCCGGAUACGGCAACAAGCAAUUUGUUGAUGUCGAUGCUGUCAGGCGUCCAAUCAGCAUACUGGGUGGGUUUGCACGACCUUCCAAAUGAGAAGGAUUUCAGAUGGGUUGACGGCGAGACACCAAGCGAUAAAACGUUCACGAACUGGAAUCCCGGUGAGCCAAACAAUGGUGGCUGGUUUUGGGGAAAUGAGGACUGUGUAACUUUCUUACCGCCGAGUGGAAAGUGGAACGAUUUGAGUUGUAAUGACAAAGAGGCGUUCAUCUGUGAAAGAAACAGCACCUCCAUCCCAAAAUGUGAUGAGUCCCACGGUUGGAGAAGCUACAACGGCAAGUGCUACCAAUUUCUCUACAACCAAGUGACAUGGCAGACGGCCGAAGACACCUGUGCCUUCUACCCAGGUGGACACAUAGCGUACGUCAAGAGCCUAGAGGACCAGGCAUUCCUGGACAACCUCCAGCUUACGCAUGGGUACAAGUACUGGAUUGGCCUGAUGGAUGGUGCUACGGACGGUGAAUACCAGUGGUCAGACAAAUCAUCUUUUGACAAGGCAAACUCGUUCUCAAAGUGGGCUAGUGGCCAGCCAAAGAACAAUUGGUAUGGCCAGGAGGGUGACUGUGGGAGCGUAGACACCAGCGGGCUCUGGACUAUUAGCAAAUGCACUCAGAAGAUGGAUUUCGUCUGCGAAAUACCAGAAGGUGCCUGCGCUUCAGGAUGGUAUUUGGCCAAUGGAAAUUGCUAUCAAGUCAACUCUCAAACACUCCGGACAUGGACGGAUGCCAAAGUAUACUGUGAAGCACAACUGGCCUAUCUGACAGUCAUCAAAUCGGAUGUGGAGAACAACGCGAUCAAAUCUUUCCUGAGUGACCUGCAUGCCUUAGGUAUCAACGAGGUCUACAUUGGAGCGUCAGAUUUGGAAACCGACGGCACAUUUUUAUGGGUUGACGGCACCUCUGCCACUGACCAGUACACUCACUGGGUCAGUGGACAACCUCCAACGUCACCAGAUCAGAAGAAGGACUGUGCUUUCAUCAACACAGCUGAUAGUCAGACUGCCGAAUGGAGAGCUGGGGACUGCUUUGCACUUGGAGCCUACGUGUGUCAAACAAAAGCAGGUGCUAAGAUAGAGCCAGUGCCUACCAAUCCCAUAACCAACCACUGUGAUGGACCAGGAUGGAAUCUCCACAAAGAUUACUGCUAUGAUAUCGUCCUGACCAAAAAAACUUGGGCUGAUGCUGACAAAGACUGCAAAAACGUGGGUGCUGAAUUGGUCAGCGUACUCAAUGAUGACGAGCAAUCUUUCAUGUCUGUGCGUAUCAAUGUGGUCAAGCAACGUGUUUGGAUGGGACUAAACGACAAAGCCUCUGAAGGGACCUUUGUCUGGACGGAUAACUCCAAGUUUGUUUAUAACAAUUGGGCUAACCCUGGAAAUUUGGGCACCGAUGACUGUGUGAGCAUGGAGGGCCAAACCACAAGCUACGGACUUUGGAAGGUGCGCUCCUGCAGCGAAAAGAACUACUACGCUUGCAAGAAAGAUGCCAUCAAAGGGCCCGGACCAAGUACCCCACCUCCACCAACAGUCAUUUAUGAUUCCCGCUGUGGCAUGGGCUGGGAAUUCAACAAGAAGUCUGGCAAGUGCUACUACUUCCAGCCUUUUGAGUGGACCAACUGGUUUGGAGCUCGCUACAGUUGCCGUCUACUGGGUGGUGACUUGAUGAGCUUAGUAGGGAACGACGACUUGGCCUAUGCAACCAGCCGCUUGAAGACCACCGGCGGAGGUGAAACGUGGAUUGGAUGCAACGAUCUUGGCAGGGAGGGCGGAUGGGUCUGGAGUGAUAAGAAACCAUUUGUAAUAAUCAACUGGGCUGCGGGUCAGCCAGAUAAUUGGCAGGGCUAUACUCAGAUUGGGGAACAUUGCUGUACCUUUUACAAUAAUGACGGAACCUGGAAUGACCAAUUCUGCGAACAUGGCCUCGGCUAUAGCUGCAACAAAGAUGACAUGAUCUUCAAGUACUUCAUAACAUUCUCGGAGAAGAGAAUAACGAGCACUCCCAACAAAAUGAUAGUGAAGGAUGCCUGGCCCAAGGAGUGCGCCCAAAAGUGCCUGGACCUGCCCACCAGCACCUUCUAUUGCAAGUCGUUUGACUACGAGAGAGCCACCCGCACCUGUUACCUCUACAAGGUGGACCAGGCUACGGCUGGCGGACUCAUACCGACCUUUGACACGCAACACUUUGACUACUAUGAGCGAGAUUUGUUUGCCAACCCUCCGCCUCAGCCCACACCGGUGCCGUCCAACAAGGGCUGUCCCAAGGGCUGGGGCCGGUACAAGGAGUUCUGCUACUACGCCAACACCAACAAGUUUGAUUUUGCCGGGGCAGAGGCCGAAUGCCAGAAGCUUGGAGCUGAGGUGACGUCCAUCAAUGACGUCAACGUUAACAACUUCCUGCGUGCAUUCAUCUUCGAUCAAAACCAACAGGAGAAUCGCUACUGGAUCGGACUGAAUGACCGGAACCAGGAGAUGUUGUAUGAGUGGUCCAAUGGGGAACCGGUGCUCUUUACAAAUUGGAAUGCCCAGGAGCCAAAUGAUGCCAAUGGAGAGGACUGCACUGAAUUGUACAUUGAUUCUGGUUUCUGGAAUGAUGUGCCCUGCAAGGGAUACACCUUCAAUUCAAUUUGUCGGAAACUUGUAUCCACUGGAAACCCUCCUCCACCACAAGACACUACGUGCCCGUCAAGUGGUAAUUGGCUUCAUUCUUGGAGAGACAGAUGCUACCAGGUCAAUGAUUUCUUGCGUUCCUGGGCAGAUGCCCAGGUUGCCUGCCAGAAAGAACCUGGAGCUCAGCUGGUUGUUGUUGAGGACAGGAUGGAGCUAGCUUACCUGAGUGGAGUUCUGGGCUUGUAUGAAAUGCAAGAUGACUUCUUCAUUGGUUUUAGUGACAGCAGAGUGGCAGGCUAUUAUGAGUGGUUGGAUGGCACGCCGAUAACAUACACCAACUGGGGAGACGGUCAACCUGAUGACCGACAGGGCCACUGCGUUGCCAUAAGCAGUGGCAAAGAGGCUGGCUACUGGGCCGACCGCGACUGCACGCAGAAGCACAAAUUUGUCUGUGAGAAGGCCCGGACUGGUUAUCCGCCCAUAACCCCCCCUCCUGCGGUAACGCCCACCCCACCGACGGACACGGACUGUGCAACGGGAUGGGUUGGCUACGGCAGUCGAUGCUUCCAGAUUUUUGAGCUCAAGAGCGAUGACGAGGCAGUGAAUUGGGACACAGCCAACAGGGAAUGCGAGAAUAUGGGAGCUAGCCUGGCCAGCUUCCACCAUCCCGAUGAAGAGGCGUACUUGACAAGCAAGCUCUCUCCAAAAGGUACUAGAUGGUUCUGGAUUGGAUUAAAUGACCAGCGUUACGAAGGAGGUUAUUCUUGGAGUGACGGCACACCAGUGGAGUACACCAACUGGGGGGCUGGGGAGCCUAAUGACUAUGGUGGCUGGGAGGAGUGCGUAGAAACAGACUUCAAGGGAGGGAAAUGGAAUGACCUAGGCUGCUGGAACAGACGGAAUUACAUAUGCUCCAUACCCAAAGGCAAAAUGCCGAUAACGACCCCAGCACCAACAAUUCCUACAGGCGACCCGUGCCCCGGCUUCCCACAGUGGGUACACCUGAAUCCAAAUUGCUACUACUUCAGCACCAACACGGAUGGAUUGAAAGACUGGUACGAAGCUGAGGAGUUUUGCCAUAAACAAAAUGCUCACCUGGUUUCCAUCCACGACAGUACAGAGCGCAAUUUUGUUACCAAUCGGUUGCCCAUCUUAGCUGGUAAUUACUGGUGUGGACUCAGAGCAAAUAACACUCACCCAGGAAAUCAUGAAUGGUCAGACGGAACUCUUUUGGACUUGAAAAAUUGGCAGCUUUUGCAGCCUGACACCAAGAAUGGAGAGGAGCUGUGUGUCCAGAUGCGAAAUGAUUUAGUGAUAUUCCUCAAAGGCAAGUGGCUGGACACCAACUGCGGUCUCAAGGCGCGCUUCGUCUGCAAGAAGAACGUGGACGGCACGUCCCCCACCCAUCCACCCACCAGUCCACCCACAGGGGGAUGUCCCACGGGCUGGAUGAAGUACAACAACCGCUGCUACAAGAUGAUGGGACUGGGGGGCCAACAAGACCCCAAGAAAAACUGGCAGGAUGCCAAGAAAGAGUGCCAGAAGACAACGGGGGCUAACCUGGCCUCCAUACACAGCACUGAAGUGCAGACUUAUUUGACCGCCAACAUGAUCAACGCCAAUGGUGACGUGUGGAUUGGGAUGUCUGCUCUGGCAAGCGGCAGCAAGUUUGUGUGGACGGACAGCAGUUCGGUUGAUUUCGUCAAUUGGGCCAUCGAUCAGAAUGAUCAAACGUCCUUCCUGCCUGGUAAUGCUUCGGAUUGCAUCAGGAUGAUGUACGAUGACAGCGAGUCGGGCAAAUGGCUGGAUGAGGAUUGCAAUGCUCUGCAUGGCUACCUGUGCAUGAUGAAGCCAGAUGACCAGUAUCCAGACAACCCAGUUACAAACCCGUGUCCGGGAAAAAAUGACUACACGAAGUUCGGCGAUGUGUGCUUCAAGAUUUAUGUGGACACAAAGAGAAAAUUUAGUGACGCAAAAGCCCAGUGCAUUGCAGAUGGAGCCAAUCUCGCAUCCAUUAUGAAUGGCUACGAGCAGGCGAAGCUGCAGUCGAUGAUGAACGAUAAAGACAAACCAGGGAAUCUCUGGAUUGGAUUGUAUGAUGAUCCGAACACUGGGGUAUUUACCUGGUUGGACGGAUGGCCGGUCCACUAUGACAACUGGGGAUGGUUUGAUCCAAAAGGCUUUAAGUAUGCCAUCAUGAAAGAGCAGGGUUUUCUGUACGAAGCUGGCGAGUGGAGCAAUAUCUUCAGUGAUACUGUCAAGCACUUCGCAGCUUGCAAGUACAGUACAGCCACGCCACCACCCCCUGAGCCCACCGUGCCUGGGUACUGCGAGCAAGACUGGACGGCCUUUGGUUCCAGCUGCUACCGUGUUGGUUCGGGGAUCUUCGCCACGGGCUCGUUUGGCGACGCCGUCUAUGACUGUGACAAGAACUACGGCGGGGCCUAUGUAGUCACCAUCGGCAGCAAGGCGGAAAACUCCUUUGUGAAGAACCUUGCCCAGAAGACGUUUAGCGUUGAUAGGGUGUACAUUGGAAUCGACCGUACUAACAAUGGAGGCUGGGAAUGGGUAGAUGGGUCCCCCUUGGUCUAUGUCAACUGGGCAGAUGACCCUGACAGCAACAGCGGCAAGAACUGUGCUGAGAUGAGGUUUGAUGCCAACGGCAAGUGGUAUCACUUAAACUGCAAAUUGAAUAGCCACUAUGUCUGUGAGAAGCCAAAGAUGCAAGUAUUCACGACUGAACCGCCUAUUGUCUUUCAGAACUGUUCAACCGGCGAGACUGACUGGAAGGAAAUGGAUUCCUAUUGCUACUAUGUCAGCAAAGAUUCCAGGAGCUGGCAUGAUGCUGAAGCCUGGUGUAAUGAGAAAGGCGGCUACUUGGCGUCCAUUCACAGUGACAAGGAGAACCAGCUCAUCCUUGCUUUGGUGAGUCUCCUUCCGAGUUCCAUCUUCAUUUUCCCAGCGAAUGUUAACUCGAAAUGGACCGAUGGGUCCAAUCCGUUGGACUACACCAAAGGCUGGGGCACCGGCCAACCAGACGACCAGAUGGACUCGCAGAAAUGUGCAAAUAUGGUUUGGGACGGUACCUGGGCAGAUUCCAACUGCGGCUCUUUGGAGAGAUUUGCCUGCAAGAAGAAAUCAAACAGCACAAACCCGAUUGUAAAGCCCUCACCCCCACCGCAAGUUGGCAACUGCCCCGACGAGUGGUACAAAUUAGAGACCGGCUGCUACCAGAUCAAGGGCAGCCAAGCAGACUUCAAGACUUUUGCAGAUGCAAGAGCGGAUUGCCAGAAGCAAACAAACGGGGAUCUGCCAUCUAUUCAUGAUCAAGGAGUUCAGUCACUGUUAACGUCCUUCAUCAAGUUUUACACCGGCAACGUGUGGAUCGGCCUUCGUGGUGGAACUGCUGGUUGGUGGGGAUAUCAUUGGGUUGAUCAAAGCAACGUGGACUACGAGCACUGGGCACUGAACGAACCCAGCUUUUUCUACGACCAAACCAAGUGUACAGUGAUGGUGAAUGAUCCAGACUUUCCGGGCCGUUGGGAUGAUGUUCCUUGCGACGACAAGCACGGCUAUAUCUGCUACCAGCCGCUUGAUCCAAACUUGCCGACUGAACCGCCUCCCAUCAGCACCUGUGUCCGGAGUGGCUACGAGGCUUACUCUGAUGACUGUUUCAAGCUGAACACCACCCACGUGGCAUUCCAGGACGCCCUCAAGUCCUGCGCAAGUGAGGUGGCAGCCCUAGCCACUAUCGUCGACGGCUAUGCCGAGUCUUACCUCGUCAGCAUGCUGUACGCAAACGGCCUGCAGGCAGCCUGGAUCGGCUUCGCUGCCAGCAAUAGCACAGGCAAAUUUGUCUGGAUGGACCAGUGGCCAGAUUCGUACAUUAACUGGGGACCGGACCAACCCAGUGAUGCAGGGAACUGCGUGGUGUUGACGGACCAAGCUGUCUGGAUGAACACUCCAUGCUCGGAGACUUACCCUUUUUUCUGUCGAUCCACAGAUAUACCUUUUGUACCUCCAACCUGGCCGCCUGCCCUGCCAGGUACUUGUCCUGAGAAGUGGCUCCCCUAUGGCGACAACUGCUACCUGUUUGAUACGGGCUCUGACCUCGUGUCCUGGUAUGAGGCCAUCGUCAAGUGUUCCAAGGACUACGGGGGCUCCCAGGUCCUGUCCGUCCACAGCAAAGGGGAGAAUGCGUUCAUCCAGAGGAACACGAAGAACAGCUUCUCUUGGUACGGCAUGUGGCUGGACCUGAGUCGUAACAAAACUGCAAGCAACCAGUACGAGUUUAUUUGGAAUGAUGGAAGCCCACUUGAUUUUGAAAACUGGAAAUUGGGGGAGCCCAGCCAGCCAAAUUUCUUCAGCAGAGACUGUGCCUCAUUGAACAGUGGCUACGGAAAAUGGGAAACCCAGAGCUGUUCCUCCAACCAUUACUUUGCCUGCCAGAAACCUAAAGUUCCAGUUCCAGAGGGAGGCUGUGAAAAAGGCUGGUUCCGUAUGAACAACUGGUGUUAUGGAGCAUUCGGCAGGAGUGAACCCACAAUGCAAACAUGGCCGGAUGCUGAAGCAGAUUGCAAUGCCAAAGGUGGCAACUUGGCAACAGUGUAUGGCCAAAAUGUCCAAUCUUUACUGGAAGGGAUGAUUGCAGAGGAGAGGCGGACAUUUGCGUGGAUUGGGCUGAGCAAGAGAUCCACUGGAUUCUUUGAAUGGGCAGACGGAACACCCUUCCAUUUCAAGCAAUGGGACAAGAACUUCCCUGACAUGUCGAACAAAGAUUUCAAGUGUGUCCGGAUGAACCAAGACCCCAUUUACCCAGGCAUGUGGAGCAACAGCCUCUGUGGAGACGAGGGGCCACACUCAAGUGCCAGAGGGGGCUACUUCUGCCAGAAACCUGCAGAUCCUAAACUGCCUCAUGACCCCACGGGUGAUACCUGUGACCAGAAAAACUACUAUCGGUUUGACAGGCUUUGCUACAAGGCCUACUUGGGAAAGGACCAGCUCAAAUCUUUUGAUGAUGCCCUGGCCCAGUGCAAGCAGGACGGAGCCUCGCUGCCCAGCGUGGCCAACGGGUACCAGGAAGGCUUCAUGGAGACGCUGCUGUUCUACUACACAAUCAAAGAUGCCUGGAUAGGGCUCAGGAGAGGGGCUAAUGGCAAGUUUGGUUGGGUCAACAACAACACCCACACUUACCGCAACUGGGACAAAGAGCCCGACCAGGGGACCAACAACAACUGUGUGCGAAUCACCAACCGCCAGAAGUGGGAAGGGGUACCUUGUGACACCAAGCAUAACUUCAUUUGCCAGAUGGUUGAUACCAACCCACCACCACCAGGGACUACUGCUGGUGGAACACAAGCAACAUUGAAUCAAACAGAACCCCCACCAAAACCAACGCCAGGCCAACAAAGGGGUCUUGGAGGGGGUGCCAUUGCUGGCAUCGUCAUUGGUACCCUCGCUGCCGUAGUGCUCCUCCUGGGACUCGGCUACUUCCUCCUGAAACAUCGCCAAGUCGCGCUCAAAGCCCCGGAUUUUGGCAACGCCACCACCACCGGCUUUGACAACGCGGUGUAUUCACCCUCCGACGAUGACGUCAGGUUUGACGGCAAGGACUCGAGUACCGCCUAAAAAUUGCAGAAAACGAAAGGAAAAAAUAUCAAGUUGGUUGGAUACAUUUUGGUGAUUGAAAAAUUCAGAAUAAUUUUUACUGUUGUGGAAAGACUGUGGAAUGGUCUAGCUUGGGAAAGCUUCAGAAAUGUCUUUUUAAGAAAUCCGAAUGUUGCUCAAUAAAAAUGGGAGUAGAUCUCGUACAUAAUUCUUGUUUGUGGGAUUUUUUUUUUGGGGGGGAGAGAAGAGGUGAGUCUUUAACCUAUAGCUGUAGGGAUGUUGACCUUCCCAGUUCAACUGAUAUUGUAUUCUGUGUUUAGAACAACUUUAUUACUUAACUCGUGUAUAUGAGUCAACCAGAGGACUCUGUAUUGCAUGAAGCCUGGCAUAGGAACUGUUCUGUUUGCUUUAUUGGAGAUGAAGUGUUUACUGUCGAUAGCUGGAAUUGGUUAAAACAGUAUUGCAGUGUUAUUAAUGCCUUGUUCCUAACAGAUUUUGAUGCAGGACAUGGGGAAAAUGAUCAAUAAAUUUGUUUUGUACGAAAUAAAUGAUCAACUUAAAGAGUAUACUAACUCAUAAUUGCCUCCUUAGGUGGGUACAGAUUCUUGAAUUUUGUUGCGCUGGUUUACACUUUUUAUACGUCGUGAAUAAUGUAAAAUAUGCAGAAAGACGUCCAAAUUGUAAUCUAAUCAUUUACGUCCUUCUAUUGAAAGAAAAAACUAACUAACUGCAGAACCCGGCGUUUUCUUGCGCUGUACCAGAAUUGCAACUUUGUUAUGACAUCAGCUACACGUUAGCUAUUUCCGUAUGCAGAGUUGCAGUCUAAAAGAUGUGAAGUGUGUAUAAAUUGUCUCAUUAACGAAACAUGAGUUUAGCUCCAAAUUUGUAGUGUGUUAUAGUCUAAUCAAAUAUUCAUAUCAGUACUGUGAUUAAUAAAGGUACAAAGUAAACGUGACAUGAUUGUAUGAUUAUGUAGAAAACAGGAAACCUAAGCUCGUUACACAAAUAAAUCAUUUGUUGUUGCAAAAUCAUGACUUGAUUGGCCUUGCGAAGUAAGCGACAAAGAUAAUUAAAAUUGGAGCAGAUGUCGCAGUAGCGGCAGAAUCCGC